AUGAUUACAAAAGAAACAAACAAUAUUGAUGAAUUUUCUGACUUAAAAAAAAAUCAAGAGACUUCUUUUAUUCUUAUGGUGACUAAUAUCAGAGUGACUUCUUUUAUUAUUAUAAUACAAAUUGAAAAAAGGAGAAUCAGGCUUGAUGGUGGUUUAAAAGAAGCUAUUACUGAAGUGCUUUUGUUGUAA